AUGGCCAACGUCAGGGAAGACUCGAUACCACAUGUUGUUAGAACAGCGCAUGAGCAACGCCAGGCCGGAGUCUGGAACGCAACCGUCAGUCAGAUUGAUGAAGUCAACUCGAGCAUCAGGUUAAUACGGCUGGGCAUCGUCGGUGCAGCGCCCGAACGGACCCAUCUCCCAGGCCAGUAUAUCGACCUCUCCAUCCCCUCGAUCCCCACCAUCGGCGGCUUCACCAUCACCUCCCCACCCCUAACAACGCGAGACCCAACUUCGCCACACAUCGAGCUCGCCAUCCAACGCUCGCCCAACAACCCACCCGCAGCCUACCUCUGGCGCGCGACCCCCGACAUACUGCACGCCCCCGUCUCCUUCCUCAUCGGCGGCAACUUCGUCUACCCGCCCGCGCACCUCACGCACGAUGAAUGCAGCAAGAUCGACCGCGCCGUCUUCGUCGCCGGCGGCGUGGGCAUCAACCCCAUCAUGAGCAUGCUCAGCGCCAUGCACGCGCGCGGCGGCCGCAAGCUCGGCGGCAUGCCCCGCCGCGUCAGCGUGCUGUACACCUGUCGCCGCGGGCGCGACGCUGCCGGCGAGCCCGAGAAGGUGCUCUUUGAAGAUCGCUUGGCGGGCCUGGCGCAAAAGUGGGCCGGCAGUGAAGUGGUCGAGUACCGGUACACGUUCUUCGAGACGUCGGGGCAGGGUCGACAGAACGAGUCGUCUGUAGCUAUUCGGCACCAGGCGCGGAGGAUUCGGCACGAUGAUCUGCUCGAGGCUAUCGGGCCGGAGGACGAUAGAGCAAAUACGGUGGUGUACGUGUGCGGGCUGCCGGCCAUGACAGAUGAGUUUGUGGAGCUACUGAAGACGCAGCCUGGGUUGUCGGAGAAGCAGGUCUGCUGCGAGAAGUGGUGGUGA